AUGAAUUCAAUAGCUCAAAGAUAUACCAAUUCGCAGAAUAAUGAUGUAUUGAAUGAAAUAAGUUCAAUUAAUACGUCACGCACAUCACACCAACAACUCAACUUGGCUCCAUCUAUCGCCGUUCCACCAAUUUCACAACCAACAGACUUCUUGAGAGCCCAUACUGAUGAUUCCCAAAACCCGGACUGUAAGAUAAAGAUAGCACAUGGUACUACUACCUUGGCAUUUCGUUUUCAAGGAGGUAUCAUUGUUGCUGUUGAUUCUCGUGCUACUGCUGGUAAUUGGAUAGCAUCGCAAACUGUCAAUAAGGUCAUCAGAAUCAAUCCUCAGUUACUAGGUACAAUGGCUGGUGGUGCGGCCGAUUGUCAAUUUUGGGAGACAUGGUUAGGUACGCAAUGUAGAUUACACGAAUUGAGAGAAAAAGAAAGAAUAUCUGUUGCUGCUGCAUCAAAGAUAUUGAGUAACUUAGUCUACUCUUACAAAGGAAUGGGAUUGAGUAUGGGAACAAUGGUCUGUGGUCAUACAAAGAAAGAAGGACCAACUAUAUAUUAUGUCGAUUCGGAUGGAACACGUUUGAAAGGUGAUUUAUUCUGUGUCGGUUCAGGUCAAACAUUCGCCUACGGUGUGUUGGAUUCGGAGUAUAAAUGGGACUUGACAGUAGAUGAAGCAUUGUAUUUGGGUAAAAGAAGUAUCUUGGCAGCUACCCAUAGAGAUGCAUACUCCGGUGGAUCAAUCAACUUGUAUCACGUAAAUGAAGAAGGAUGGACCUAUCAUGGUAAUUACAAUGUGGGUGAUUUGUUUUGGGAAGUUAAAGAGAAAGAGAAAUCGUUUGUGAAUGUUGAUGGAUAA